AUGGCUCUGGCGCCCGUGUCACUGUGGUACAUCACCCCAUGUCACCUGAUGUGCACCUACUGCAGCACCGGAGACCUUCACGCACUGUGGCGUGCCGCCGGGUGCUUCGCCGAGGCCACCGUCCGCCUGUUUGCUGCCGAGCUGGUGCUGGUGCUGGUGUAUCUCCAUGACCUUGGCAUCGUGCACAGAGACGUGAAGAUGGAGAACAUCCUCCUGGAUGAGAGAGGACACCUCAAGCUCACAGAUUUUGGCCUCUCCCGGCACCUGCGGUGGGGCGAGCGAGCCCACACCAUCUGUGGCACCCUGCAGUACAUGGCUCCAGAGGUGCUGAGCGGGGGGCCCUACAGCCACGCAGCCGACUGGUGGUCCCUAGGAGUGCUGCUCUUUGCCCUGGCUAGUGGGGAGUUCCCUGUGGCACCAGCGGGGGACCACGUGGCCAUGCUGGAGCGUGUCAAGCAGACCAGCUAUGAGAGCCCACCUACGGUCAGCCCUGCGCUGGCCCGGCUGCUCGCCGAGCUGCUGUGCCACAACCCCCUGCACCGUCUGCGCUACCUCCACCACUUCCAGGGCCACCCCUUCUUCCGUGGGGUGGCCUUCGACGCUGACCUGCUGCAGAAGGACCCGGACCAUGACUGUGCCACCCCAGUGUCCUGCACCCCCAGGCCCCCUCGGACUACCGCCCUGGGGCCCAGAACCUCAGAUACCCCUGGGAACGCCACCUUGAAGCCUGGUGCCCCCGAGCCCCCCAGCAAUCCCAGCCUGGUGGCCGGUAUCCUGGAACCCCCCAGCAGCACCAGCCUGGAGCCCCCUGGCAGUUCCACUCCAGGGCCCACCACCCCAGAUCUCCCCAGCAACACUGUGCCAGCUGCCCCGUGCAGCCCCGUCCCAGGACCCAGCACCCCUGAGCCCCCCGGCAGCCCUGUGCCAACCCCAACGUGCAGCUCCAUCCCACUGCCCAGCACCCCGGAGCCCCCCAGCAGCACCGUGCCAGCUGCCCCGUGCAGCCCCAUCCCAGGACCCAGCACCCCUGAGCCCCCCGGCAGCACCGUGGCAGUCCCCAUGUGUAGCUCCAUCCUGGGGCCGUGCACCCCAGAUCCCCCCGGCAGCACCGUGCCAGCCCCCACGUGCAGCCCCAUCCCACUGCCCAGCACCCCGGAGCCCCCCAGCAGCACUGUGCCAGCUGCCCCGUGCAGCCCCGUCCCAGGACCCAGCACCCCUGAGCCCCCCGGCAGCCCCGUGCCAGCCCCCAUGUGUAGCUCCAUCCUGGGGCCGUGCACCCCAGAUCCCCCCGGCAGCACCGUGCCCGCCCCCACGCGCAGGCAGCCCCGUGGCAGUCGCCAUGCCACCAGCGUCACCCCUGUGUCCACUGUGGCCACCGGCACCAGCAUCACCCCCAUGCCCACUGUGGUCACCGGCACCUUCAUGACCCCUCGGGAGCUACAGGAGAGGAGCACGAACACGUCCGUGGGUGGCCCCCCCUGCGCCAAGGACAGCGCUGCUGAAACGGACUCCCUACUCUGGCACUGUCCCCGGGAGCAGCUGAAGUCCCUGCCGCGGGCAGAGCUGGAGGGGCGGCUGGAGAGCACCCUCAUCAUCAUGGAAGCCCUCUCCCUCCGGCUGCGCCACUGGCAGGAGAGCCAGCGGCUGCUGGCCGGCGUGGGGCCGGCAGAGCAGAGGGACGCGCUCACGCAGACGGAUGUCACCCACCCCAAAGGGAGCGCCUGGAGCAGGCAGUGCGCCUUGUUUCGGGAUCUCGCAGAUGCCGCCUUUCAGAGUUUGCAGGAUGAGCAGGGAGAGCAGGCGAGGACCCUGGUGUGGCGGUGCCGGGCCAUGCUGGAGAGCGUGCCCGGCAAGCUGCGGAGCUGCCUGGAGGAGCGGGAUGCCAUGAGGCAGCGAGCGGAUGAAGCCCUCCGAGCCAAGGAGGAGGGAGAUCGCUUCCUGGAGGCCUUCCGUGCCCAUGCCAGUGCCCAGAUCAGCGCCCGUGACCAGAGCCUGGCCUCCCAGCGAGAGCUGGGCACGCUGCUGGUGGACACCAUCGACAAGCAGGCAUCCCUGGCUGCCGAGGCUCAGUCUUUCCGGGAAUUCAUAGAUGUCACCUUUGAAAACCUGGAGGAGGAAAGGAGAGCCCUGGACACAGAGCGGGUGGAGGUGAGGACCCUGGUGUCACGGUGCCGGGCCGUGCUGGAGAACGUGCCCGGCAAGCUGCGGGGCUGCCUGGAGGAGCGAGAUGCCAUGAGGCAACAAGCGGAUGAAGCUCUUCAAGCCAAGGAGGAGGUGUCCUGCCAGCUGGAGGAGACCUCAGUGGCCCUGCGGGAUGCGGUGGCUCAGCUGGAGCAGCUGACGGUGGCCAACUCGCGCCUCAGCACAGACUUGAGCUCCCUGAUGACAAAUUUGGCCAACCUGGAGCAGGAGCGGGAUGCGCUGCAGCAAGAGAAUGAGAAGCAGUGGGAGGAGAUGGCCCGGCUGGCGCAGCAGCGGGACGCCCUGCAGCGGGAGUGCAAUGGGCUGUUGCAGGAGCUGCGGGAGGCGACCGAGUGCCGGGAGUUCCUCGACCAGGAGAACCGCAUGUCCCGCACACAGCUGCUGGAGGUGGAGGCCAAGCAGAAGUCCUCGCUGGCCGCCCUACAGGAGCGCAACCUGCAGUAUGAAGAGCUGAUGGACUCCCACCAGCGCCUGCGGGAGGAGCAGGUUGCCCUCAGCCAGGAGCUGGAAAGCACCAAGGCCGAGCUCCGCGACUUGCAGCUCAAGAGGGACAAAGUCUCCUGGUGCUCCACAGACAUCACCGAGAGCAAGAUGCGGCUGCAGGAGCUUGCCGACUGCCUCAGGGCUGCUCUGCAAGAGGAGGAUGACGAUGUCCCAUCGAGAAGCAGAGCCUGGACCCCGGCUCCACGGACACCAAGCUGGCAGACACCCCACCGUGCCUGGACCCCAGCAUGCCGCACGCCGGCAUGCCGCACCCCGUACCGCGCCGGAGACUCCUUCGUGGGCAGCGUCCUAAAAGCGGUGUCGGGGAAAGACGCUGAUGAAGCUGCCGGAGGUGGGAGUGCAUUUACCAGGGACAAACCUGCUUCUACACCAAAGCCAACAGUGCCCGAGGAUGGUCUGCUGGAGAGCGUGAAGGAGCUGAGAGCAGUGGUCUCCGACCUCGCCAUGCUGAGUUGCCGCAUCCAGGAACUGGCUCAGCCCCGCUGUCCUCUUCUCAGUUCCAACCUGCAGCUCCAGCUGGAGACAGUGACAGCCGAGAGCCAGGAGAAGAUGGAUGCCCAGGCUGUCACCAUCGCCAAGCUGAACAAGGCGCUGAGGGGCAAGCUAGAGAAUGAGAAGGAGCUGCAGGUCGUGGUGAAACAGCAGGAAGAGAAGAUGCUGCAACUCAUCGACAAGAGCGGGGAGGUCACGAGGCUGAAGGGAGAGGUCUCCCAGCUGAAGCGCUCGCUCCAGCGUGCGGAGACAGAGGCCAAGGUGCUGUGGGAGGAGAUGCGUGGGCAGGAGCCCAAGGUGGACGCUACCUACGUCCAGGAGCGAGUCCUGCUGCGGCAGGAGGUGGACAAACUGCGUCUGCUGCUCCUGGAGAAAGAGGAUGAGAAUCUGCUGCUCUCUGACAAGUACCAGGAACAGGUCCGAGGGCUGGAGCUGAGGCUCCGUCACGCUCAGAAAGUUCUGAGGACCCACGAGGAGAUGCAGGAGAAGAUGAAAGAGGUCCUGUCGGCUGUCCCUGACGUGGCAGCGAGCUGCCAGGAGCUCCCCAGCCUGCUGCGGGGCCGGACGCGGGCCGGGGGCGGAGGGGAGCCUGGGGAGCCGCUAUAG